AUGGUACGUUUUUUUUGCGACUGGAUCAGGUCCUCCACUGUAUCAGCUUUGGGAAUAAAAUUUUACGAAUAGGUUACAAAAACUGGUAAAAUUAGGCUUUUUUCGGUGUAUUUGGAUUCAAUUUUUGGUUUGAUCUGUAUUACAUUCAAUUGAUCUGUAUCACAAAUGCUCUUCUUUCAGGGAGACGCCGAAGCCGUCAAUGAUGUCCAGAAGUUGCGCGAAAUCCAAGACGAAAUCGAUGCUCUCGACCAAAAGGCAAACGAUCGCGAAAGAAAUCGGCAGGGCAAGCUGGCGGCCGUCACAUUGAUCAACCACAAACGACGAGAAGAGAUGAGAAGGAACUUCUUGGAUCCGUCCAAAAUUCAGUUCGAUACUAACCGAGAAGACGACCCAUUCACUAGGAAGUCGAACAAGGCCAAGGUGGUUGCCGGCGGGUCGAAGAAACCCAAAGAAGAGGCUGCUCCGAAAGGCAAGGACGAUAUUUUUGAUUUUUGUAAUAUUGUAAUAUAAGUGGGAUAGGGGAGGUAUAGAGGAAGUGGAUGUUAGGAAACGGAGUGAUAAACUGAAGUUCAGGGUUAUUUAGUCAUCUCAAGUAAGAUUGGUGGCCCACUGAACACGAACAUGUUAUAUUCUCCUUUUUCAGAAGCCGAAGCUCCAGCUCCCGCGCCAGCCCCCCUCGUCAAACCCAUCGAACGAAAGCCCGAAUUCAAGUUUAACCCCCUAUUAAUGAAGCCCCAGCGGACCAGUCACUUAGCUAAACAUCUGGAUGUGGAGAUUGACAUCGAUAUUUAA